CCCCCUUCUCAUCCCGGCGGCAGUGCGAGGGGGCGAUGGGCCCGAGCCGGCGGCACCGGCACCAUGGCAGCCGGCGCUCUCCUGCUGGCGCUGGUGCUGGGCGCGCUGCCCGGCACCCGCGGGCCGGGGCCGGUCUCUGGCGGCCUCCCGGCCCCGCCGCCCCCCGCCGCCUGCCCCCGGCCGCCGCCGCCGCCUCCCCCGGGCCUCCCGCGGCGGGGCUGGGCGGGCUGGGGGCCGCGGGGCCGCCGCAGCUCCUGCGCCCUGCCCGGGCCCCGGCGGCGCCCUGCUGAGGGCGAGCGAGGGUCAGUGAGACUCCAAGGUGGCAAGAAUGAGUUUGAAGGCACAGUGGAGGUUUAUUUGAAUGGAGUCUGGGGAACAAUCUGUGGCAGCCAUUGGGACAAUAACGAUGCAACAGUCGUAUGUCGGCAGCUUGCACUUGGUGAAAAAGGUACAGCAAAACACAUACCAUUUUCUGGACUGGGCGUUAUUCCUGUUUACUGGAGUGAAGUGCGUUGUCGUGGUGAUGAAGCAACUAUAUUGUCAUGUGAAAAAGACAUCUGGCAGGAUGGAACAUGUCCUCAAAAAGUGGCUGCUGCUGUCACGUGUAGCUCUUCCCUGGCUUCUGUCUUUACUCUGAUCCGGCUGGCUGGUGGGAACAACGCUUACGAAGGAAGAGUAGAAGUCUACCAUGCGGGCCAGUGGGGCACUAUCUGUGAUGAUCAGUGGGAUGACGCGGAUGCUGAAGUUGUCUGUCGGCAGCUUGGCCUUGGGGGUGUUGCCAAGGCAUGGAGCCAGGCUUACUUUGGAGAAGGCUCAGGCCCCGUGCUGCUGGAUGAAGUGCGCUGUACAGGAAACGAGCUAUCUAUAGAACAGUGUCCAAAAAGCUCCUGGCAGGAACACAACUGUGGCCACAAAGAAGAUGCUGGUGUCUCCUGUACGCCUCUUGCAGAUGGUGCAUUAAGGCUAACAAGUGGGAAAGGUGGUCAUGAGGGACGCCUGGAGGUCUAUUAUACUGGGCAGUGGGGCACAAUCUGCGAUGAUGGGUGGACAGAGCUGAAUACACAGGUGGUUUGCCGGCAGCUGGGAUUUAAGUAUGGAAAAAGCGUGCCUGAGAGCUACUCAGAAGGGAAUUCUGCUCCCAUCUGGCUGGAUGAUGUCAGUUGCUCAGGGAAGGAGACAAACCUCCUGCAGUGCUCAAGGAGAGAGUGGGGAGAGCAUGACUGCAGCCAUCAGGAGGACAUCAGACUCAUUUGCUACCCAGAUAAUGACAGCCAUAAGCUCUCGCUUGGUCCUCCCAUCAGGCUGAUGGAUGGUGAGAAUAAGAAGGAAGGACGUGUAGAGAUCUUUAUCAAUGGUUUGUGGGGCACAAUUUGUGAUGAUGGAUGGUCUGAUAAGGAUGCAGCUGUAGUCUGUCGACAGCUUGGGUACAAAGGUCCAGCUAGAGCAAGGACAAUGGCAUAUUUUGGGGAGGGCAAGGGCCCGAUUCAUGCAGAUAACGUGAAAUGUACUGGAAACGAGAGAUCCUUGGUGGACUGCAUUAAGCAGGACAUUGGAACACACAACUGCCGUCACAGCGAGGAUGCGGGGGUCAUCUGUGACCACCCAGGCAAGAAGACCCCUGGGAACAGCAAUAAAGAUUCUCUUGCUUCUGUUUGUGGAUUGAGAUUACUACACCGCCGACAAAAGCGAAUAAUUGGUGGGAAAAAUUCUUUACGGGGUGGCUGGCCAUGGCAGGUUGCCCUCCGACUGAAAUCUUCUCAUGGUGAUGGAAGACUCUUGUGUGGUGCUACUCUCAUUAGCAGCUGCUGGGUCCUCACUGCUGCACACUGCUUUAAAAGGUAUGGCAAUAACACUCGGAACUACGCCGUGCGAGUGGGAGAUUAUCAUACGCUGGUACCAGAAGAGUACGAGGAAGAAAUCGGAGUCCAACAGAUUGUGAUACAUAAAGAGUACAGGCCUGACAGCAGCGACUAUGACAUUGCACUGGUGAGGCUACAGGGCCCGGAGGAACAGUGUGCCAGAUUCAGUACCCAUGUCUUACCUGCCUGCCUGCCCUUAUGGAGAGAGAGACCACAGAAAACUGCUCCGAGCUGUUACAUCACAGGAUGGGGUGACACAGGAAGGGCUUAUUCAAGAACAUUACAACAAGCUGCCAUCCCCUUACUUCCCAAGAGGGUAUGUGAAGAGCGUUAUAAAAGGAGAUUCACAGGAAGAAUGCUCUGUGCUGGAAACGUCCAGGAACAGAAACGUGUCGACAGCUGUCAAGGAGACAGCGGGGGACCGCUGAUGUGUGAACGCCCAGGGGAAAGCUGGGUCGUGUAUGGUGUGACCUCCUGGGGCUAUGGCUGCGGAGUGAAAGAUUCUCCAGGUGUCUACACCAAAGUUUCAUCUUUUGUCCCCUGGAUAAAAAGCGUGACCAAACUAUGAAUGUCCUUAAUCAAAACCAAACUCAAUUAACAAGGUUUGAGGCAGGACAGCUUGAACAGCAGAGUGCACACAGCUGGGGCCCACAGUGGGUGGAAACACACAUUUUCCUGAUUCACGUGGUGUUUCUGUUUUUGUUAAAUCCAAGCUGUAUACACACAACCUUUCCAGUCAGGGACUACUAUGCAAACAAAAUCCUUCUGUUUUGAGGAAGUUUAUAUUGCGUGAACAAGUUACCAUGCACCUAUGAUAAGUGGAAAAGUGACCUCCAGCUUAGAAUAAUGUUGGAGCAGGCCAGCUGGAGAGGUCCCUUUCAGACUCGCUGUUCAUGGGAAGCUCCAAGCUACUUAUGCUCCAAGAUUUUCUGGAACUAAUUACAGAUCUCAGAGUUCAUUUUCAGUCUAGUUUGUUUCAUCAGUUCUUGACUGGUUUCUUAUUAUUCCUAUGAUCUUAUACUCAGCUUUCUGGUUUGGACUCAUGUUUCAUUAGCUGAUGAGACCAUGAACAGGGCGAUUCUUGGUAAGUAAUUUUAUGUAUUAAGUGUUAGAAGGAAAGUAAGUGUCAAUAGUCAGAUGCCCAGCUAGCCUGAUAAACAUUAUUAGAGCUUAGUUCAUAAAGCACAUUCCCAAGUGAAGCAGGUAGUAUGCUGGAAGGUAGUUUCCCUGCAAAGCUUCCCUCCACAGCUGUAAGAGUGAGAUCAAGGAGGUGUUCAGACAAUGCCUAUCUGAAAAGGUCUAUGAAGUCUUAAACUACUGUUUUCUACGGUAGUUUGUAGAAACAGUAGUUUGUACAAUACAGUAAUUUGUGUAAUACUUUGACAACAUUCUCAUGUUUAGGUGCAAUACUGUUUCAGAUUGGUCUCAAAGGAAAAGUGCGAAUUAUCUGAAAUCAGUAACCUCAAAAGUCUCAAAAAUCUUUUAUCCAGUAACUGCUCAAAUUAGUCAAUAGUAAUUUAUGAUACUACAUGAAGAACUAGUUGUCAUAUGUUCUCUAAUGCCCUCUUAUAUUCUAAAUAUCAUUUAGCAAUAUCUAUGAGCUACAGUUUUCAGUGACUUAUAAAGUAUUUAUGUAUCUUGAUUCCCUGUGUUAAUUCCUUUCACAAAUACUUUCCCCAGGCUAAGAAAACCUUAAUGGUUUAUUAUAAAAAUGCACCAAUAAAAAGUGACUGUAAUGUCAAGACAAAAAUUAAACAACUUACUAUCUUUUCAGAAAUGGCCGCCUCAUUAAACUUAAAAUCACAGGAUCAUUUGGGUUGGACGAGACCUUUGAGACCAUCAACUCCAACCACCAGCCUGACCUACCGAGUCCCACCACCAAACCACUUCCCUUCAUUCCACGUCCACAUGGCUCUUAAAUACCUCCAGGGAUGGGCACUCCUCCACUUCCCUGGGCAGCCCCACCCAAUACCUGACUGCCUUCUCUGUGCAAAAAUUCUUCCUAAUGUCCAAUCUAGUAUUAUCACAGAGAACAGAGGAAGCAAUUACCAUUUUAGUGCAACACUAAUUGGGAUCAGUCUUUCAGACAGUUAGCCUGAGACUAACUCCAGUCAAUAGUGAACCAUGAAAGUCCAUACUACAUCUGUAAGCUCUAAGGCCAACUGGACUGCCUCUAAGUGUACUCUGCAUAGUACAUUUUUAACAAACAACCUUCUUAACAUGACGAAAUGAAAGCUGUGGGCCAUGAAAUACCCCAGUGAGACAAACAUGGCAGAUGUGUGGUACAAACUGUGACUACCAGUUACUGUUCUCCUGUGUUUCCUUUCCCCAGUCACUCAAGCUGUGACAGUAUUGUGGCCUUUUGUGAACAAAGUAGGAUGUUUGUAUUUGUGUUGUAAGUGGGCAUUCAUUCAUUUCUGUUUGCUUCUGUGUCUCUGCUGUUGUAACAAUAUCCAAGACAACUUUAUUUGCAUACAAAAAGUGACAAUGCUAGUGCAAGUGAGUGCAUACUUAUCCCUCAAUUUCUCUCCGACCUCAAAUUUAGUCUUCAACUAGCUUAAAUGUCUUGUUGGAACUGGUGCUAAAAUAGUAUACAUGAGGUGCUUUUAGAUUUUAGUUUUCUCUAAUUCUGCACUAUUGGAUUAGCGUGAAGUAUAUUAUUUAAAAACCUACCAUAAAAUUGUAGUAUUAUGAUCACCUACUGGUAGACCUAUGUGAAAGACUGCUAGUCAACUUCAGAACCACUGAUAAAAGACCCAUUAUUUUGAGACUUGUGGUGAAAUAGACUACAUAGUGCAAUACAUGUGUGAUGUACAGGGGAAAUCUUUAAGAGUUGCACGACAGAAGUACAAUACGGAGAAGAAAUUACAUACUAAAUGGAGUAAACAUUUAGAUUUAGUACUGUAGUUCAUUAGUUUUUCUCUUUUAAUAGAAUGCUUUAAUAAUUAGAAUUUAAAAUGUUGCACUACAGUUUCCAUGCAAACAGCAUGCCUUUUUUAGUUUCUAAAGAAAGUGAAAUUGUCUUUAUGUUAUGCCAUUCUCAUUUUUGUUCACUGAGCCUGACGACAUAAACGUAUGCAAUAAAAGCUGCCACACUGACUAGAA